UCAUCAAUGGCUUCUAUCAAUCCAUCAGCAAUCGUCAAACACACCUCAAACUUCCUCAAUCAAAUCCUAACUCAACCUGACAAUCUCCAUCGACUCCUCUCUUCUUCCAAGCUCAAACUACCCUCACCGAUCAACCCAACCCUCCUCCAAGCCUUAACUCUCUUCACUCAAUCCUCAUCAUCAAACUCCUCUUCCAUUGAAAAACUCCUCUUAUCUCUCUCAACCCCUUCUCCUCUCUCCUCUCUCCUUCUCUCCUUAACCUAUUCUAACCUCAAUCGCCACGUCAGUGCUUCCCUUGCCCUUCUUGAUAUCUUCAUCCUCGACCCUGCAUUUGCUCGGUCAGAAGAUCUUGCAUUGCCAGUGUUUGAGAGUUUGUUCAUUCCUUAUCUUGUGCCCGCGGUUCAGUGGUUUUCACAGCGAAGAGGGAAGGUUCUAGCAGGUUCUAGAAAGUUUGAGGCGAUGAGUGUUUUGUCGAGGAUGAGUGGGGGUCAGGCUAAGGAGUUGAGGGAGUUGGAGAGGGGGUAUGAGGACGUUAUGGAUGAGAAUUGCAGGGUUUAUGCUGAGUAUUUGAAGAAGGUUUUAGAAGGUUCCGAUGGCCUAAGCCCACCGGAGUUGGUGUUUAUGAGGAGUGGUGGUGGAUUUGAGGAGGAGGAGGAGGAGGAGAGGGGCUCUGUGAUUGGAUUGGAGAAAAGACAGUAUAACAAUCCAAUGUGGGUUGGAGAGGAUCAAUAUGUUGAAUUAUCCACGCAACCGAGCAGAAAAGACCAAAACAACAAGAAAAACCCUUCACCUUCAUACCCUAAAAGAGUCCCUUCACAUUUCCUCAAUAAGCACCAAUCUAAUGAGAGGAGAAAUACGAAAGGAAAUCUAAUCUCAGACCCUGGGCAAUCCUCCACAGAAUUUAUUGAGAAUUAUGAGGAGUCUUGGUCCGAAUAUGGACUUGAUAUAGAGAAAAAAUAA